AUGGAAUCCUUCAUUGGUGAAGAGUGGAGUCCUCCUGAAAAUGAAAAGUUUGAGGAAGCAGUCGCUGAGGUUGAUUUUAAUGGACAAGAUUGGUUGGAGCAGAUAAAUGAAACACUCUCGACCACAAAAGAACUGACUGACCACUGCAUCAAUUUUACGAUGGAUUUGGGAUGCAUCGAUAAUGGAUGUAACUUAAUGUUGCCUGACAUUGCAUAUUCUAAUGUGACAAAGGAUGAUGAUUCAGGAUUUUUAUCGAUGGACAACCCUUUGCAAGAGAUGAAUAAAAUAGGAUCAUCAUCAUCUAACACAAGGAUGGCAGCAAAACCAGUAAUGGAAGGAGAUCCAUCAUUAUCAAUUGCUGAUGGGAUAAUAACAUUGCCAUGUUUCACGAAGCCUGAAACUAAGAAACUACCUUCACCAAUGGCAGCAGCAGAAGCAUCAGUGGAAACCAUAGCACCAACAUCGACAAAAGGGAUGCCUUGGACUGAGGAGGAGCAUAGGUUGUUUUUGAUUGGCAUGGAUGUGCAUGGAAGGGGUGAUUGGAGGAAUAUAGCCAAGAAUUUUGUUACCACGAGAACUCCAACCCAAGUUGCGAGUCAUGCACAAAAGUUUUUCAAACGUCAAUUACAGUUCAAGAAGAGAAAUAGGCCUAGCAUUCAUGAUAUCAGAAAUAUCAACAGCUCUUUGCCCACAAAGAUACGUAAGCUAAGCAUAUAUGACUUGAUAGAGUGGAAGAAACCUCUUGGCAUACCCAUUGCCAAUAAUGUC